CACAAAUUCGCUGGAGGAGACAGUUUGAAUUUUGCAGUUUAGAACAGAAUGUACAAUGGCCACCGUAAUCAAACGAUUUUUUAGCUCAAUGAAAGCAAACCGCGCUUAAGAGAAACCGAUGUAACGGGCUCGUAACAUGAGACGCAUCUUAAUCAUCUCGUCCCUAAAUAACUUUUUCGGUUUAAAGUUCCAAUCUAUUUUCCAGUGGGAUAGCAACGGAUUUCUUUUAAUCAACCAAUUUACAGCACUGCGCAAGUCAAUCAAACCUGUUCAUGAUGACAUCACUAUUGUGUAUCUUCGUGUUUUCUGUGACCUUACAAGUCAGCAGUGGUGGUCGUAUGGGACCCAAGACUCCUCAGCCUGGUGAUUUCAGACAGUGCCGUCUGAGCGACAAGCUGAAAGAGCAAUUCGUUGAUUUUCACAAUGAGUUCCGAAGUCAGGUAAAGCCAAGCGCAGCAGACAUGGAGUACUUGGUGUGGAACGAUGACCUUGGUAACCUGGCUCAAAUGUGGUCGGAUAAAUGCGAGUGGAUGCAUGGCUUUACAAGGUUUGGGGCGUGGCAUCCGAACCAAAAUUUUCGAAGCAAGUCUGUAGGUCAAAAUUUGGCCCGUGAGUGGGGCAAGUGGAUUGAAAGUAAAGAUGCUGGCCCGGAGGAUUCAGUGCGCCGAUGGUUUAUUGAAAAAAAUUACUACAGGUUUUCAAAGUUUGCUUAUCCGAUGCCUUCUUGGAUGUGCCGUAAAAAACCAUGUGGGCAUUAUACACAGGUUGUGUGGGCAAAGAGCAAACAGGUUGGAUGUGCCUUUAAAUGGUGUGACAAGCAUUUUGGUCAGCCCCACCCUUGGGUUCCUGGAGAGACAGUUGUAACUUGUGAUUACUAUCCAAGCGGUAACGUGGUAGGACAGCAACCCUACACGCCCGGAGUUCCAUGUACAAAGUGCGCCAGUGGUCAGGGUUGGUGCUACAAGAACCUUUGCAGAGAAUGCAAGAAUUUUUAGCCCAAAAUGUGGAACGACCUACUCGAAAGGCAUGUGCCUCACAAACAGAGACUUGAUGGAAAAACAUUGCCCUAAGCUGUGCAACCUUUGCAGAUGUCCUUUGCAGUGCAAAAAUGGAGGACAGGUUGACCGUAACACUUGCACUUGUACGUGCUAUGGCAAAUGGAAAGGCUCCGAUUGCUCUGCGCAACUUUCCAUGCGAUUGGAGAGCGUGUGGAGGAUAGCUCGCGUCUAUUGAUCGUUGAUGGUACAAAGAAAAAGGCAGAAAAUGGCGAUUGACGUUGAUUCAUCGAAAAAAGUAAACUCAUCAUAUGCAUGGAAAAUUUCUGGUGCGAUGCCCCAUUACAAAAGGCGCAAUCAACUAACGAAAGUCGAGGAUUUGGGAUCCAGGCUCACUAAGAUGCCUCAGGAAAAUACAACUUACGGUUUCUCGUUCAUUUUUCUUUCCUGCACGUAGCUUGUCAUGCACCGUUCAAACUUCAUUCCUUCAUUUCAAGUGGUUCUUUAGUUUUGUAACUUUUACGUUUUAGCAAGUCUCAAAAUAGACUAUGGUGGAUAAAGGGAGUUAAAAAGGCAGAAAAACGCCGCUUUUGAUAUGAAAGACUAACACUCGCACUUAUUUUCUCCAGAGAGGAUCUGCGAUGAAGGGUGGUACGGAGAGAAAUGUGAAAAGCGGUGCUUCGACAAAGUGGGAACAUCCACAUGCCAGUGGCGAGUCAAAAACGGCCAUCCAUGUUCAGUAACGUAUAUGAAGCUCGACUGCGUCAAGACUUGUGUUUGUGAUCUCAUGCCAAAACCAAAACCAAACCCACCACCGAAACCACCGACAAAAGUCCCACUGACCGUCAGACCAACCCAACCCAACCCGGGAUCCGGCGAAGACUGUGAAGAUAGACACUCGGCCCCUAACCAGUGCGAGUUUUGGGCGAUACUCGGAGAAUGCCAGAAGAAUAAAGACUGGAUGAGACAGAAAUGUAUGAAGAGCUGCGGAG